GUGAAACUCAACAUCUCUCAGAGCUGAGGAUUGUGUUAAUGGGUAACAGAAAUGUUGGGAAGAGUUCAACAAAAAACACUAUUCUGGGCAGAGAGGAGAUUGACUUCUUAACUCAUCGGUGUGUAAAGAGACAUGGAGAAGUAGCAAACAGACACAUCACUGUCAUUGAAGCUCCAGGAUGGUGGAGGAACGAAUCUGUCGAGGAGAGUCCUGAGUUACUGAAACAGGAGAUUUUGCUCAGUGUGUCUCUGUGUCCUCCAGGACCACAUGCUGUAUUACUGAUCAUACGUGCGGACUACCCAUUUACAGAGAAUAAUAGAAAAGUAUUGCAGGGGUAUGUGGAUCUUCUCUGUGAGAGAGUCUGGAGUCACACUAUAGUGCUGUUCACUCGUGGAGACUCUCUGUUAGACACAUCUAUAGAGCAGCACAUUGAGAGUGAAGGGCAGGAUCUCCAGUGGCUGCUGGACAAAUGUGGGAACAGGUAUCAUGUUCUCAACAAUCAGAACAGGAGUGACGACACUCAGAUCAAGGAGCUGCUGGAGAAGAUUGAGGAGACAGUGGCACAAAACAACGGCUGCCAUUUGGAAAUAGACAGAAAGAAUUCAGAAGUCAUAAAUCGAAGCAAGGGAUCUUCAAGAGGAAGCUUUGAAAAUGCAACAGAUAUGAGUGAUGCCCAACAUCUCUCAGAGCUGAGGAUUGUGUUAAUGGGGUAUAGAGCUGCUGGUAAGAGUUCAACAGGAAACACCAUCCUGGGCAGAGAGGAGUUUGACUUGAAGACAUCUGCUCAGUGUGUGAGGAGACAUGGAGAAGUAGCAGACAGACACAUCACUGUCAUUGAAGCUCCAGGAUGGUGGAUUGAUGAACCUGUACAGGAGAGCUCUGAGUUACUGAAACAGGAGAUUUUGCUCAGUGUGUCUCUGUGUCCUCCAGGACCACACGCUGUACUACUGAUCAUACAUGUGGACUACAUGUUUAAAGAAACUGAGAGAAAAGUACUGCAGGGGUAUCUGGAUCUUCUCGGUGAGAGAGUCUGGAGUCACACUAUAGUGCUGUUCACUCGUGGAGACUUUCUGUUAGACACAUCUAUAGAGCAGCACAUUGAGAGUGAAGGGCAGGAUCUCCAGUGGCUGCUGGACAAAUGUGGGAACAGGUAUCAUGUUCUCAACAAUCAGAACAGGAGUGACGACACUCAGAUCAAGGAGCUGCUGGAGAAGAUCGAGGAGACAGUGGCACAAAACAACGGCUGCCAUUUGGAAAUAGACAGAAAUAAUUCAGAAGUCAUAAAUCGAAGCAAGGGAUCUUCAAGAGGAAGCUUUGAAAAUGCAACAAAUAUGAUGGGUGAUGGAGAGAGCCCUUCCUUCAGUCCACUCACAAAACAAAAGAAAAGAUCACAAUACACACGUGUCUUUGAGCUUGUAAGAAAAUCUUGCAGCAUUGGAGUUCCACCAUCCAUGAGUGUUGAAGGGAAAACAGUAACUGAAAUAUUUAACAGAUGCCACACAAUUGAGCCUAUAAAAACAGCACACAGCAGGAAAGUUGGACCAUCCAUGAGUGGAGAUGAUGGAUCUGAUUCAUGGUCUCUGGGAAGUUCUGCUUAUGGUUCAUUCAGAUCACGAUCAGGAGCAGACACAGUUUUUGGAUCAUCACGUUCCAGAGAUUCGUCUCACACAAGUUAUGAGUCAGGGGCCAUAAAACGAUAUAACAGCAUUGGACUUCCACCACCCAACAUGAGUGUUAGAGGGAAAACAGUAACUGAAAAAUGUUACAGACGCCACACAACUCAGUUCACAGCAAGAUACAGAAGGAAAGUUGGACUAUCCAUUAAAAGGUCUCAGGUAAACUCUGCACAACUAGAAGCAGACAGCAGGUUUGGGUCAUCAUGCUCCAUAGUCUCCACUGGCAGCUCAGGAUAUGGAUCUUCAUGCUCCCUUCCGCAAUCUGUGGAACAGUCAGAACACAAAUGGACAAAUAGUGCGUUUAAGAUUUCAGAACUUUCAGACAAACAAGAUGAGUGUGAAGAUAUGAACUUAUAAGAAUUAAUGUAUGCAAAUGAGUUUAUAUAGCCAUCCAUUCUCCAAGCUGCAUGUUCUAUGUAGAGAUUCAGGAGCCUGUCCCAGCAUCUCAGGCCGUAGACAGGGAAACACUCUGGAUGGAUGGCCAGUUGUUUACAUAUCUUAAUCUAUAAAAUUUUUAUAUUGUACACUGUAAAAACUGUGAUUCAAUAAAGAUGCAAUACCAAACAUUUAAAAAA